AUGGCCUGGUCCCGGCCGCUGGAGGAGCGCAUGAGCAAGCUGGAGGCAGAGAUCGCGAGGUUGAGAGCUCCUGAGCGCGUGGCGGUCAUGCAGGACCCUGCCGCCCGCACCGGUGCGAUGCGCGCGUCUGGCGAUGGCAAGGGCUUGGAGCAAGAGCGGCUGACGCUGGUCAUACCGGACUUCGAUGAGUGCAGGUCGACGAGCCCCGCCCCUUCGGCGUCGAGUCCAUCACCGUCCAAACUGCGGGCUGUGCCUUUCCAGCAGCAGCGGCGGCCUUCGCGCUCGGCACCAGGUGCACGACCAGAGGCACCAGUGGCAAUUGUCACUCCCGACGAAGAGUGCCAGGUCGCUGUGAGGCGGGCCGGGCGAGCUCGGCACAGGGCGAGGGGCAUCACGUCGCCCACGGCUCCCACGGCUCUUCAUCUCCCACGUUGA